GAUCUCAUCACUGAGUCUCUCUUAUUACAUGAUUACAGGCUUGAACGCCGCUGCUGUCUGUGAUGCCCUCCCAUGACGCCGAGGUCGGUAGCUGACACUGCCAGUGAGCGGGAGACGCCACUGCACAACCGGUCCUGGGCCAGCGCCGUCAGCCGGUUCUCGCCCUCCCUCUCACACACUGGAGACUCCACAUCCAACCGCCUACCACUUUCCACAACCACCUGCUCCGUUCCGCCCCAGUAAAGACCCCCCAACGCAGACACGCUGACGUCCUCGACCAGCACCAGCAGCAGCAGCAGCAGCCAAAAACAAUAUCGUCAACACAAUCAGCAACACCAGCACCACCAUCAUCACCAGCAGCAGCAGCAGCAGCAGCCGCAAUCAUGUCCAGUCGUAGGAAGUCCUCCACCCCCUGCAUGGUCCGGGUCAUCAGUGACCUGCCUGAUGAACAAGAUGACCCGGAGGAGGUGAUGGACAUGGAAAUAUUGGCAAGCAAAGAUGUGAGAGAAAAUGAACCACCUGAAUCUGCGAAAAAGAGUCAAAACCUCAUGAAGGAUAAUGGAGAUAAUCCAGACCAGAAGGCAUUUCCAAAACACUUAGACAAAGAGCAGCAGUCUGGAUGUGAAGAUCACCCCCCUGUCAUCGAAGAUGUAGAAGCCAGAGGGGGGAAGGACAAAGAAGCGCCAGAAUCAGACCCGGUGUCCCAGAAGAAGCAGGGAAGAGGUUACGAGUGCAAAUACUGCCCGUUUUCGACGCAGAACCUGAAUGACUUCAAAGAACACGUGGACUCGAGCCAUCCUAACGUCAUUCUAAAUCCACUGUACCUCUGUGCUGUCUGCAACUUCAACACCAAGAAGUUUGACUCGCUCACAGAGCACAACGAGAGCCGGCACCCAGGUGAGACGAACUUCAAGUUCAAGAGGAUAAAAAUGAACAAUCAGACUAUCUUAGAGCAGACAAUCGAAGGCAAGGACAAUUCAGCUGAAUGCGACGUGACAAAUGAAAAAGGUGAAAGCCACAGUAGCUCUGUGUUUCCACCUUGCAUAUCUACCACAGUGAAAUCUCCGGGUAGUGUGCACACGCUCUUUGGAGGGAGCGAACUGAAAAGCCAGCUGGACGGUUUGAUCCAGAAGGACCAAAUCACAGCAGUGAACAUCAACGGAACAGUCAUCAUCCCUGAACCCACCAUCGUCCAAGGGCUCUCCCAUGUCACCCCAAUGCUCCAGCGUCCACCCAACUUUAACUCUGUACCAAAAAUAGCCGUUCCCUUGAACACCACCAAAUAUAACCCUUCUUUAGACAACAACCUGACGCUGAUCGCCUCCUUUAAUAAAUUCCCAUACCCAACGCAUGCUGAGCUGUCAUGGCUUACAGCUGCCUCCAAGCACCCGGAGGAACAGAUCAAAGUCUGGUUCACUACCCAGCGGCUGAAGCAAGGUAUCACUUGGUCCCCAGAAGAGGUGGAGGAAGCCAGGAAGAAAAUGUUUAAUGGCUCCAUCCCUCCUGCUCAUCACACGUUCACCGUCUUGCCUACAAGCCCCAUCUCUCAGCCGUCUGCCAAAGCCUCACAGCAGCCCAUCGUCCACACGACAGUCGAGCAUCUCGGUCACGUCCGGACGACUGCGCCCAAUGGGCUAACUGUAGUCACCACAAACUCCCCGGCAGGCUCUAGCCACUCCCUUAAGCGACCCCUGCCGACACAGCUGUCAACAGUGUUUGAGUCCAAGCGACCCAUCAUGGCAGUGGCGCCCCACUCUGGUGACCCUAAAGACAAGGUCCUAAUGGCUCCUCCCCCACCACCUCCUCCCCCAAAAGGCCGCCUCCCAAUGGCUCCACCUCUUGUUCCCGUGGAGAUGAAAAGACCUGUAGCAGUUCCUCUGGUUACCACAGAGAUGAAGAGGUCAUCCGCUGCUGUGCCUUUAAUGCCACCGCCUCCAUCGUUGUCAUCAUCAUCUUUGUCUUCCAAAGGGAAGAUUCUCUCGGCGUCAGGAAAUCCCAAAACAAAGCCGGUGGUGUCUCUGCCCUCCAUAGUCUUUCCAGAGUCGUUAACAAGGCCAACGAUUGCCCCCCCACCGAUCUCUGUCUCUCCGUUCAGAAACAGUUUACUUAUUCCCCGUACCGUGCCCGUCCCUUCCAAAGAAAAACACCCCAGUUCUCACAAUUUGCCAGCUUCUGAUUUAAAUUUGCCGAACUCCCCUCCGCUCAUUACUUCACAGGUAAGGAGGCCGACAAUUAUCCAGUCCAUUCGUGCUCCGGCUAAAGCUCCAUCCCAGAUUUCAGCGUUCUCCUUGGAUGGCAAGAAAUUAAAAGAGCAGCAAGGAGUGGAGCUGAAAGCCAGCUACCCCAGAGGAGACAAGGUAGUCAGUCCUCUGCCAGAGGCCAAUGGAACGUCUCGAAUGGACGGGAAAUGGCCCUUUGAUCAGACCUCUCCUGGUCACAAUAAUGGAAUCUUACAUUUGGACGGUGGGGACAUCCCAGCAGUACCAAAACCAGAUUUUCAACAUAAGUCCUCGGUGCUGACCCAGUUCCCCUUGCUGGAGAGGAUGAAAGGAAAAACGGCAAAACAACUGAAGAUCUUGGAGGAGAACUUCUUGCGGAACAGCUUUCCUACACACAGCGACGUGGAUAAUCUGUCGGCCAUAACCCGCCUGUCUCAUCAGGAAAUCGACAGCUGGUUUGCAGAGCGCCGCGCGCUUCGUGACAACCUGGAGCAAGCCCUUCUGAACUCCAUGGGCACUAAAAGGAUGGGCGGCAAUGGCAUUGGUGCCAUCACUGAGAAACAGCUACAUCAGCACCAAGCACUGCAACUGAAUGGGAUUCACAAACCAAGCACCGGUGUAGGCCUCCUUAAAAGCCCUCCACCAACUUCACACCCCCUGUCCAUGAUUGCUCCUGGCACCAUUGCACCUUCCGUCCCCAAUCUGAAUUCCUGCUCAGUGCCUCCAGACGGCCGAUCCCUGGCGCUCCUCAAGGACGAUUUUGCUCAAACGCGGUGGCCUUCCCCUGAGGAGUUCAGCCAGCUGGAGGGUCGGACAGGACUGGCUCGCGGAGAACUGGCCCGCUGGUUCACCGAUAGUCGGCUGCAGAGCGGCAGCAUGGACUUGGCAGAACUUUUUCACAACAAUGGCGUGAAUGGAGGACAGGGGCUGCCUAUGUGUUCCCCUGAAAACGUUCCACCCAGCAUCAUCCAGCGCUGUCAGGAAGGAGCCGUAACAAACAACAACAGUAAGGUGCUGGAGGUUGAGAUGGGCUGGCUGAUGGACCAGCGCACCAACAGCCUCAACAAUCAACAGCACGAUGAGCUCCAAGACCAGUUUGCUGGCAGACUGAGGCAGCAGAGCGUGGCGGAGCUGAAGAACGGGGGACAGAACGGGGGUGUCCUCGGAGGAGUGCGGGAGGUGUUCGGGACCUGGCUGGAGGACUCGAGGCGAGGGCGGGAGCUGCUCGUGGACAGAGAGAAGAAGAUGGCGGAGGACGCGUCUGGGAGGCUGACCGGAUAAACGGUGUGAAUAAGAUUCGCCUCCAUCGCCUCCGCCGCCGCCGCUGCUGCUGGAAACAGAAGAGGAGAAAACAUGAAGAAUGGAGCAACAAAAGAAGAGUUUCUCGAUUAUCUAAUUUUUUUUUCCCUGUUCUUGUGUUUUCAGAUUUUUUUGGUUUUUGUUUUUAAUCUCUUGAUUGUCGCAUCCCGGCUCACGCACAACAUCCUCCUCCGUCACGCCGUCAGCGACCUGGAGCGACCGCGGUGUAGAUGUGACGCUCGCACACAAAAGCACGAGUUUGAACACGACAGAGCCGCUGCUGCGCUUUGCUGUGGGCUGCACCCAAAUUGAAAUCUGAAGAGCGCGAGGAGAAAUUCAGGGUCACGAUCUGUGAAGAUAAUUGAAACCCCCCCACCCCACACACCCACCUUUACAGUGGAUUUCAAACUGCCGCUUUCAGUUUUACAGUAGUAUUAUAACACAACACCGUCGCACAGGCGUCCUGCAGAGUGCCGUAAACAGAGUCGGACCCUUUAAAUGUGUUUUGACUUCAGGGGGACAAAAUUCAAACAUUCCCUCAAAGAAGUGAAGUGGAUCACUUCCACUCCCCCCGAGAAUAAAUCCACAAACGAGCCGGAAAACAAAGCAAGUUUAAGUGAACCGCAACAACAAACAUGCCUGAAAAAAACAACUCGUGUCCCUUCAAACCAAACCUCAGUAGGAUUCGUUUAUUAAUUCCUCAGCGCACGCUUUGGGUGAAUUAAACGAACAAUUAGUAUUUCGCUCGUGCAGCAUAUCAGGAUUUAUUCCAGUCGUUCUUCGUCCUUGUCACAGCCGUCCGCCUGCAUCAUUAUGCAACUCUUUAUUUUUCCACCUAAGUCGGAGGAAGUCACCAGAAUGUUUUAUUCAGAGUGUUUUCUCUUCUUUUAAAUGAUUGUUAAACGUAUUUAUUGAAUUGCCGAGCUGCAGCUGGAGCCUUUAACUGCCAGUUUUCAGCCUUUACGUUGGCUCAGCGCUGCAUUGUGAGACGAGCGAGUCCUUCAGCGCCACAGAAACUUUCUAUAUUUACUUCCUUUUGUUGUUUUUCCACUGGAGUGUGGAGUUGUCAGCAGCACCGUAUUAAAAGCUGCUUUGGUCGGCGUGACGGCGCACGAGGCUUUGUUCACGCGCAAGCGGACGAGUUUAUUCAUGUUUUCCAUUUUCCUCAGAUUGGUUGGUGCGUGAGAAACGAUUCGCCGGCUAAAGGAACGCUGCGUGCCUCAGUCUGAGUGCCGAGGAAAAUUUUUUAUCCAAUGUUAGAAAUUAAAAGAAAACAUUUCUGUUAAUCGAGCUUCAACAUACAUGUUAAAUUUAUAACUGUUAGACUUCAGUGGAUCCUUCUCAUUUCACGUUUUCAUUAACAACACCUCUGAAAUAUGUUCCUGAGUUUAACCUUGAGGAACUUUUUUGUCCAAUCAAAUGGCCUGUUACUUCACUUCCUCACGGCUUUAGGUGAAUCACCUCUGUUACAAACUAUAAAGACUUUAGUUUUCAUUGUUGGACUCCACAGCUCCUCCCCUUUAGGGGAAAGUUCUCCUGAUUGGCUGCUCCUUAUAGCGGGAAAUUAGUAAGGUGGGCAGGAUUGUCUCCUUUCUAUGACAUCACACAGAGCCAAGGGUAGAAAAAGCUGUUCAGUGUUAUUCAUAUAGCACCAACCGUCCCCUUGCAAAGUAAAGACCUACAAUACUACAGAGAACCCCAACAAUCAGACGACCCCUGUGAGCAGCACUCUGGCAACAGCG